AUGAGUCGGCCAACAACACCAACCAGCCCCGUCCAGAUCCCAAAGACCAGCAAUCGCAGCCGACAUUUCGAUGUCGCUCACCCCGUGCGACGCCAUAAUAACCCUCGUCGCAAGGUCCCAAACCAUGUUCGCUCGCCGGAGUCGUUAUCGCCGUCGGUGGCCGCCUUGUUGGCCGUCACUGACAUCCCCCGACCCCGACGGGCGCAGCGGAAGCAGCGUGGUCAGGACCGGCUGUUGACUGUCGAUGCCAUCAUCGCCGAUGAGAGCUCUCUUUCAGAGAAGGAACUCAGCUGGUCUCUGAGUCGUGGUAGUCCAAUGGACGUGCUGAUGUCCCCUCCCGACAGCCUGGACGAUGACUUCUUGGGCAGCGACUGCGGCAGCGUCCACAUGGCCAGGACGCUCUCUGUUGAUUCCAUGCCAUCUCUCGGCAACUCUUUUGGCACCGACAUGAUUUCUUCUGUCGAAUCUCCUCGAAGCUUGAGCCCGCAGUCUCUACACCGGAGAAAGGCCAGCCCCAUCCGUAGGUCGCUUGGGCCCAUUCGCUCUCCUCCGGACAGCAUUGACGAGCAUCCACUCUCGCCCGAGCCACCACGAGAUGAAGAUGAGCUGGACUCGCUGAGUCUCCAAAGCUCCGAAGGCGACCAAACAACUUCAUACCAGUUUAUACCUUUCAAGCCCCUCCGGGCCGUCUUCAAGUCCAAUCUCACUGCAUCACUACGAGCGCUGCGAUCAGCAGCCAAGUCCUUCUCAAGCAUCAACUUUCCAUCCAUUCCGCCCGAUGAUCUCAUCACCCGCUCGAUCCUCACCAUGGACCCCAAGGUGCCCUACGCUGACGAGCGCCGACCACCCGUCACGGAGGAAAUCCCAUCUGCCGAGCUACGCCGGUACCUGAACCCAACCACCAGGCUGUCGCGUGAGACGCAGUCUCGACCUCUACAGCAACCCGGCACUUUUGCCGCAUCCAUUCAAAUGCAAACCUACAAGAUUCAGCGCACACGACCCACAGACGCCGCGGCGCGCAAUGCGUAUCCAUCGACUUCACCGCUAUCUCCAUCGACUCCCGCGAGCCAGCCCACGCCAACGCCGGCCCAAGAUUCGGUACCUCCGCUUCCUGCUAUGCGACAGCGAGAGAUGCGAGAAAAUCCCGACUUUAUUCGCAUCGCUGUCAUGGAAAUGAUUAUGCGCCGACGAGGCAAACUGGACAACAACAAGCCUGGACGCGCACGUUGGGCACUGCCACCAAGAAAGACAUCGGCUAAACCCUAUGAGAUUGGAGCCGGUGGUGUUCCAGAGCGAUGGAUUCCUCUCCCAAAUGCUGACUAG